CUAUUAUAAAUAAUAAAAAACUUUAAACAUUAAAUAAUUAAUGUAUAUGAUACGAGCAUAUGAUUUUUAAUUUUCAAUUUCAAUUAUUUGUUAACAAAUAAUUUUAGUGUUUAGAAGAUGAGCAGUGUAAUUUAGCUUUGAAGAAGAAAUUGAGGUUAGAACUUAGAACGGCAAAGGAAGAGCAUGGAGUCACUAGACAAAAUCUCAAGCGUCGACAAAAUUUUGGAUCUACUUUCCACCGUCGGCUACGUCGACGCCACAGGUUCCGAUGCACCGCCGUCGCAGAAAAUUGCCGCCGGCCUCUCUUGGAUCAUCGCCGCCCUCAACCCCAACUCCAACAUAAUACACGAUGAAAACAACACACAUUACAUAGAAGAAUCUCUAAAGUUAAUUGAAUGUCCGCACCCUCUUCAACAAACUCAUAUUCAAAAUUGUGAUGCUGAUGCUCUUUUUCCCGUUAUUCAAUGGUUUGCUUCACGUUUAAAAUCAACGCAAGAGCAAUGUGUCAGUGAGGUACUUCGCGAUGAAGAAACUAUUGAAGAAGAGGAUGAGGUUAAAACUACUUUGAUAAACAAGUUGGAUGAACUGAACCAACGGAAGACAAAUGUUGUGGAGCAGUUAGAUGAGUUAAGAGCGAGAAUCAAUAAGGAAGGUGUUGAUUCUGCCGUUCAGAAGUUUUAUCCUUUUAUCAUGUCUAUGAAGAAUCUUGAAAGGAAGGAAAACAGCUUUCUGUUCAACCGUGAUUCUAAGCAUUCAGAACUUCAGGCCGAAAUUAGUGAAUUAGAGAGGAAAAUAGCAAAUGACUAUGAUAGCAAGAGCCUUACUGAUGAGCUUCAUCAUUCUUUCCGUGAAUCACUUGAAAGAGUCGAUUUGAUGAAAAAGGAACAUGCUGCUAGACUAAGGGAUGUAGUGGCAGUAAGACGGCAGAUUGAUGAUCUACCAUGCCAAUCAGAAAUCGUCCAGUAUGAACACCGGCUCUCAGAACUGUAUGCUCAAAUCCAGGGAAAACAUCGACAGACUCGCAAAUACUAUUCUACCUACAAUGCUCUGUUGGAAAUAAAAGAGUUGAUGUUAAAGGAAACAUCUUUAUUGAAUUCGAUCAUCUCACAGUUUCAAGAGGCCUUUAAUAGUGCUGAUGGUCGUAUAAAAAUUGUUCAUUCUAUGGAAGGAAUUGUCAAGGGAAGUCAACAGAAACUGGAAAAGGUUCAACUAGGGUUUCAAGAAGAAGAGAGAAUCUGUAAUGACCUCAAGGAUAGAUAUGCUGCAGCAAUCGGUGAGCAAAAGCGCUGCUAUUCUCUGAUGAAAGCUUUUCAGGAAAAAUGUUCCAAGGAGAAGUUACGGGGUCAGAGUUCCAGAUGAAAAUUGCUGAUAUGUAUGAGGAUGAGUUGCGUGAAAUAUUUGCAUCACAGUCAAAUCAGAUAGUUGGCCACAAAUUCACAAUACCAUGGUUAUGGGUUAAGUUACGAAUAUAAUCUGCCUGAUGCACGGGCUGCGGAUAUGUUAUUUACAUGUUUUAUUUAGCAAUUACAAUAAAGCUUUUUAUGAUUGGGUUUUGUACAGUUUUUCCUGGAACUUCAGAUCAUUCCAAUGCUCCAAGGGACGGGCAUUCUCCUUUUGAUAUUUUACUAUUUUUAAAUGUUUGGAAAAUCUUAUUUUUGUAACAUGAAUGAUUUACUUUCAUACUUCA